AAGCCUAGCCAGUAGCCAACCAGGACGACAGAACGAGAUCAUGUGAUCACGCCUAGCUGCUCGCAGUGGUCUUUAAGGCCAUCCCAGUAAAAGGCUUAAACCAUUGCAGCUCGAUCUCAUUCCGUCAGUCUCUCCUCAUCUGCUGGUUGAUCCUCACCCUUGGAAAGAUGUCGGACGAGGGAAAGUUGUUCGUUGGAGGUCUGAACUUCACCACCAACGAGGAUUCAUUGGCAGGGGCCUUCGGCAAAUACGGAACCAUUGAGAAAGUGGAUGUGAUCCGAGACAAAGAGACUGGAAGGUCUCGCGGUUUUGGCUUUGUGAAAUAUGAGAAUGUCGAGGACGCAAAGGAUGCCCUGGAAGCCAUGAACGGCAAGACUCUGGACGGCCGAUCUAUUCGUGUGGAUGAAGCCGGAAAGGGCGGACGCUCCAGGGGAGGUUUCAGCUCUGGGGGCCCACGCGGAGGUGGAGGAGGACGAUUCGGAGGGUCCCGGGGGAGAGGUGGGAGAGGUUACUCCAGAGGUGGUGGCGGCGGCUACAACGGAGACAGGGGAUAUGGUGACAGAAGUUAUAACGAUAGAGGCUUCGGGAGCGGAGACAGGAGCUUUGGUGGCGGCGGCGGUGGCGGCGGAUACAGGAGCGGAGGCUACUCCAACAGCUACAGAGAUAACAGGGGUCAAGGUGCCUAUGAUCGUCCUGGAUCAUACAGAGAUUCCUACGACAGCUAUACUGAAAACGAGUAAACAUCUCCCUGAUUCAAGAUCAUCACUUGGCUGGCCGUAUUUCAAAGAUGCGCUCCUCAAGGAAAAAACGUCCACGUGUUAUUGCUGACCUUAGUUUUGUAGUUCUGGUGUUGUAGCUCAAACAUCUUUAAAAGAAUGUAGCCAUGAGUUUUGGUCAUUCCUUUUUUUUGUUUUUAAAGAAACAGGUCCAUGUUUAAACAACUUAACAGUGUAGGUGCUUUCCUUGCCUGAGAGGUCCCCAUGAUUUUCCCUAACUCUGUAAACGAGACAUUUCUAUCACUAGGUCAAGCCCCGUUUUGGGGAUCAAACUAUGCCUCUUAUGGCUUUUCUUUGCUCAGCCACAACGCGGUGAGCCUUACUUUGUCCAGAACUUUGAAGUGUUACUUUUUUCUUUUUUAGUGGAACUUGAUGGGGCUCCUUCUUUGUUUUCCUAAGUUUCCCCUGUCCCUCUUGGUCACUGACUGACCUCCUCCAAACAGAGAUCCAUUUGCCCAAACAAAUUUGACGGGAUUUUAUGCCAAAUUCCUUCUUACAAUUAAACUUAGCUGGCACCUCCUGUGUUCAAUUUUCCCAAAAGCGUGAAUUCCUUUCAGACUGAACUACAAAUCCGAAGUGGCCGGCUGUUCAUGAAGUUGCAAAUUGCAGCAUGCUACAGUCUGUCCAAGGUAUCUUCUGUGCUCUGCUCAUCUGCAUUUUUUUUUAAUGUGCUGUAAAAUGGACUAAUCUUGUCAAGUGAUCGAAACAAAAUGUAACUUCGUUUCCAAAAGUAAAAUCUCGAACGGGAACAGAUUUGUACUUUAUGUUCUUUGUAUGGUCUUUUUUUUUUUUUUUUUCUUUGUCAGUUCGGCUUCAUGGAGCCCAUUAAACAGAUUGUGGAAAAUU